GUUUUACCUAGCUAGGACGUAGCGAAACAUCUCUCCUGCUUUCUCUGUUAUUAUCAGUUAUUGCAUAAAAAUGAACAUAAACGGAAAUUUGAAGAUUUGGAAGUUUGAAAAGAAUGACAAGGGAAAUGUUUAUAUCUACACCAAUGGAACCAGGUGUAAAAAGACGCCAGAGGAACCAUUUGAAGAGGUCACUUUCAUAAAGAAGGGAAACGACGGCGAGGAGUUAGUGUUCUAUUUUGCUGGCGAGAGGAAUGGCAAGCAUUUCCGAAGAAGCAUGUUCAAGGAGGAUGCAAAUGCCCUUUGCAGUCUUAUUAAAACGGCGAGGACAAAUAGGGAGUUCAUCAAUACUUUGAAAAUCAACUCGAAUAUAAAAAAGGGUCAGCUAAAAGAUACCUCCAAGCUCGCACCAGACGAAGCACCCGAAAACGAGCUGGACAAAGGCAUCAAACUUGCUUUCAAAGGUACAUACAACAUCCCAGUACUGAUUCUGGAGAAUGCUCCAACAAAACUUCAGAUGAGGCCCAUUCAAAAAGCAUGGGUAAACUAUCUCAAGAGCGACAUGAGGAGCAUGCCUACAAAACCUGUAACGCAGAUUGGCCGUGAACGUAUGGUUUGCCAACCUACCCUAUGUAUGCACGUGUUGGUUACGGGUGUGUAGGCGUUAAUUACGCCAGUGUAGACGUGAAAUUACGCCCGUGCAGACGUAAUUUACGCCCGCGUAGGCGUU